AUGAGUAAGAGGAGUAAAGUUUUUUUCGAUAUAUCCAUUGACAAUAGCAAUGUUGGAAGAAUAAUUUUUGAAUUAUUCAGUGACAUAACUCCAAGAACAUGUGAAAAUUUUAGAGCCUUAUGUACAGGUGAAAAAAUAGGAUCUAGAGGUAAAAAUUUACAUUACAAAAAUUCUAUUUUCCAUAGAAUUAUUCCUCAAUUUAUGUGUCAAGGAGGUGAUAUAACAAAUGGAAAUGGAUCUGGUGGUGAAUCAAUAUAUGGAAGAUCAUUUACAGAUGAAAAUUUUAAUAUGAAACAUGAUCAACCAGGAUUAUUAUCUAUGGCAAAUGCAGGACCUAAUACUAACUCAUCACAAUUCUUUAUUACAUUAGUACCUUGUCCAUGGCUAGAUGGAAAACAUGUUGUUUUUGGAAAAGUCUUAGAAGGUAUGAAUGUUGUUAGAGAAAUGGAAAAAGAAGGAGCAAAAAGUGGAUACGUCAAAAGAUCUGUAGUUAUAACUGACUGUGGGGAAUUAUAA